AUGGAACGUAAGGAUUUUGAGAUAAGAACCAACAUAAAAUUUUUGGUAAAGCUUGGUUGGAAAGGGACAGAGAUCAUUCAAGCUUUGCAGAACGUUUAUGGGGAUGAUGCUCCAAAGAAAACUUGUGUUUACAAAUGGAUUGAAAGAUUUCAAAAUGGUAGAGAAGCUGUUGAAGAUGAUGAGGGUCGUGGCAGACCAACAACCUCGAAAAGUAAUGAAAACAUUGAUGCUGUUAGGAGUAUAAUUGAAGAAGAUAGAAGACUGACAAUUCAUCAGAUAGCUGAGACUGUGAGCAUAUCAGUUGGUUCUGCUCAUUCGAUUCUGCAUGAAUAUUUAGGCCUCAGUAAACUUUCGGCUCGAUGGGUCCCAAAAGCGUUGUGCCCAGAUCAGCUAAAUUUCAGAAGUGAAUUGUCAACAGUGAUUUUGACCAAAAUUGAAGCCAAUGAAGACAACUUUUUCAGUCAAAUCAUCACAGGUGAUGAAACAUGGGUAUACCAGUAUGAUCCUGAAACAAAACAACAGUCCAAACAAUGGCUCCCACGCGGAACAUCUGGCCCAAUUAAAUUCAAAUCAAAGAGAUGGUAUAAGGCAAAGACAGCCUUGACUGAGCCAGCUUGA